AUCUCACGUGGACGUCGCAUCGUGAAGAUAACGCGUACUAUUUGCACUCACGGUAGUGCGUUAUAAGUGACAGUGAAAGCACAACUCAUCUAAACUGGAGGUCCUCUUACCUGUGCCGUAGAAAAGAAACCGCGGCUGUGUAAUGGAGCCGAGCACGGAAGAGAGAAAUGAAAUGCCGUCAUGGAUGGACAACAAAUUCAUCGAAGAGGCUUUCCUCAAAGCGGGCAACGAAGUGGACCCGGAUACUGCACGUAUCGAGUACGCGUGCAAGUACGGAGGCGGCUUAAUGAGCGAGACUUUCCGUCUGCGGGCGAAGCUUCGAGGGCGGAGUGCAGGAGAACCGUCGCUGGUGGUGAAGAGCGCGCUGCGGUCGGAGGGCGCGAUGAAGGACCUGGCCAGCUCGGACGUGUUCUCGCGGGAGCGCGCCGUCUACUGCGACGUGCUGCCCGCGCUGGCGGCCGAGGGCGGGGGCGGCGCGUGGCAGGCGGUGGCGCCCGCUUGCUACGGCAGCGGCGCGCCGCCCGGACCCGACUACCUGCUGCUGGAGGACCUGUCAGCGGCCGGCUUCUGGGAGCCGCAGGCGGCGCCACUGGACCUCGCGCAGUGCUCCGCCGCGCUGACCGCGACCGCCCGCCUGCACGCCGCCAGCGUGCCGCAGCUGCCGCGACCCCCGCUCGACGGCCCGCUCUUCCGACAGUCGCUCACCUUCGCCGACGAGAACGCCGCCGCCGUCGGCGGCCUGGUGCGGUCGUCCCUGAUGCGCAUGGGGGAGGUGCUCGCGGAAUACCCGUGGUUUCACCCGUACGAGCAACGCUUCCAGAAGCUAGCGCGCGAGCUGUACCCGCGAGCGGCGCGGGCAGUCAAGGAAUGCUCCGGUGGUCUGCGCGUCCUGCUGCACGGUAACCUCAAGAGGAACAACAUCAUGUUCCGCACCGCUGCGGGAGAGCUGCAAGUCCGUCUAUACGAUUUCCAGUGCGCACACGUGGGGUGCCCCGCCGAGGACGUGGUGUACCUGCUGUACAGCAGCGCCAGCCUGGAGGUUCUGCGGCACCACGUGGACGAGCUGGUGGCCGGCUACCACGCCAGUCUGCAGGCAGCGCUGCGGGCCCAGGGGCUGCACCACGCGGCCGACGACUACCCCCUGCACCAGCUCACCGGCGAUAUGGAACACAUGGCCCCGGUGAAGCUGUUCUGCACCUUCCAGAGCAUGCCCUUGCUCAUCAGCCAGCACUGCAUAGACUUCGACCCCAACGUUGCGCUCGCAGAUAACGACGAUGGAAACGUGAAGAGAUUUAUUCGCCAGUGUAUCACUAAUCCGACCUUCUUAAGCACUGUGCAGUACCUGAUACCUGUUUUUGAGGAAAGAGGUUGGAUAUAGACUGCUUUGUAUUGGCCAUUGCUUGCUGCUGGUGCGAGUGGUAAAUAAACGCUAAGGAAAAAAAAUGAAAAAAAAAAGAUU